AUGGCGAGAACGCCGGUUUAUUUUUUGAGUCAUGGUGGGCCGAAUAUCAUGUAUGAUCAUGAGCACCCGGCGUAUCACAAGCUGGGUGAGAUAGGGAAGGAAAUUACUACCAAGGUGAAGCCGCGCGCGGUGGUGGUUUUCUCGGCGCAUUGGCAGGCGGGAAGGGAUACUAUCCAGGUUAAUACGGCGGAGAUUACGGAUUUGAUUUAUGACUUUUAUGGCUUCCCUAGUCAUUACUACAAGGAGAAGUAUCCUAAUGUUGGGAGUCGGGAGGUUGCGAAUAAGGUCCUCGAUGCGUUGAGCCAGGCGGGGAUUAAGGGUGAGGGGGUGAAGAGAGGCCUUGAUCAUGGUGUGUGGGCGAGUUUCAAGUGCGCUUUUGAGCCUGAGAAGAACCCUCUGAAUGUCCCUGUUGUGCAGGUAUCGCUGUUCAAAACGGAGGAUCCGAUCCAGCAUUACCGACUUGGUCAGGCGGUCUCGAGACUCCGUGAGGAGAACAUCUUGAUCAUCGUAUCCGGUAUGGCGGUGCAUAACCUGCGCGAUAUGCAAUUCACCUGGGGUGACCCGCGGCCUUUGCCGUAUACUGCCAGCUUCGACGAAGCUCUGAAGGAGGCGGUCACGAAAGCGCCAGCGGAGCGAGAACAGGCCAUGGCAGAUUUGCUGAAACGGCCGGAUGCUCGGCAGGCACACCCGUAUUUCGACCACCUGCUUCCGAUUCAUAUUGGAGCCGGAGCUGCGGGCGAUGACGUUGGAAGGAGACUGUGGACCUUGAAGGAGGGAAGCAUGAGUUGGGCGCAAUAUAGAUUCGGCGAGAUCGCCAACAGUACUAGUUCUUUGUAG